CCGAGGGGAAAGGAGAGCUCCGUGGGGAGGGACACGGCUCUGCCUGCCGGGAAACCUCGCUGGACUCAGCUCCGUGCCAGCAGCGUCCCUGCAGUGCUGUCCUGGGAGAGCAGCAGGAGCCAGGGCUCUCUGACAUCCUGCUCCCGCAGUGCAAAGCCUUCUCCAGCUCCAGCAUCCCGGGAAACCUGCGCUGCACRAGAAAAACCACCCUGACACCGCAGCGCCGGAGCGAGCUGCCCCCAGCGCGGUGAAAUCGCUGCCGUUUGUCCGUCUGCCAGCGCUGUCAGGACUCAGAGCAGCCCAGAGGCUGCUGCUCCAUCCUYCGGUGUCUCUGAGCCCUGAGAUGUCCCCAGAGAGGGGCUGUGUCACUCUGCUCCCUCCCAGCUCCUCUCCGUGCUGCCCUCUGUGAUGGAGACCAGCCCACACCCCAAAUCCCCCCUUUUCCCUGUUCCCUUUGGUCCCAGAUCUUCUCAUUUUGGCUCAUUCCGAUGAUAMACUCAGGAAGGGCUGAUUCACGGCUCUGGAGGGGUUUGCUCAGGGAGAAGUGAUGCCUUUUCGCCUUGGAGAACCUUUCUCCUUUCCCGAAGCACUCAGGAGGGUUCUGCAGGUUCUGCCAUUCCCGGUCCUGGUCCUUUGCUGGGAUGGGAAAGUGUCUGGAAGCGAGGCAGAUUUUCAAUUUUAUAGCACAGGAAAYAAAUCCUGUUGUUCCCAGAACCCCCAAGAUUUCCUUAACAGCAUAAAUUUCUUACAGCUCCAAAUUUUGGCUGUGGAGAAGCCACUCCUGCCUGCCUCUGCCCAGGAUCCCCAUCUUGCUCUUGCAGACCCAGACCUCGAGCAGCCACUGCUCCCCUCCUGUCCCCAUGUCCCCUCCAGAGUGGCUGUCACCUUCCCCCUGUGACCCACGGAGCUGCCGAUCCCUCAGACCUCAGAUGGGCUUCAGCCCUGCCCCAAAACCCAAGAUGUAUCACUAAUUAGUACAGCUAAUUAGCAGCUCUGGAAGAUGAAGGUUUCCCAUCCUGGGUAGGGGGCUGCAUUCAGCCCCGCUCCUGGAAGCAUCAGGCGUGGAAUUGGGACUGACAAAUCCUGUUAGCUCUACCCCGGAUUAACGAGGGGGAUAAGGGAUCUCGAGAUGGGGGAAUGGUCUCUGGGGAUGGGGGAAUGGAGGGCUCAGGAGCUGUGGAGGCAGACACAGAUGGGGUCAGGGCAGAGAAGUGAGUGCUGGAUGUUUGGGCUGGAGAACGUGCAGCCCCCCUGCUUCCUGCUGGCACCUCCUUGGGGUCCCCAGGGCAGGGCAGGGCAGGGCAGGGCAUCCCCCGGGCACGGCAGCGGGGCUGAGCCAGGAUUGAUCCCUCUCUGCACCUUGCAGGAGUGGGCGGACGUGUGUUGCAGGGGGCUCCGGAGCGUCCAUGCCUACAUCCUGGUCUAUGACAUCUGUUGCUUUGACAGCUUCGAGUACAUCAAAACCAUCCGCCAGCAGAUCCUGGAAACAAGGGUCAUCGGCACCUCGGAGACGCCCAUCAUCAUCGUGGGCAACAAGCGGGACCUGCAGCGGGGCCGGGUGAUCCCGCGCUGGAACGUCUCCAACCUGGUGAAGAAGACGUGGAAGUGCGGCUACAUCGAGUGCUCGGCCAAGUACAACUGGCACAUCCUGCUGCUCUUCAGCGAGCUCCUCAAGAGCGUGGGCUGCGCCCGCUGCAAGCACGUCCACACCACCAUCCGCUUCCAGGGCGCCCUGCGCAGGAACCGCUGCACCAUCAUGUGAGCGCCCCCCGCCCCUAAGGGACCCCCGGCCGGGCCGCUGUGGUCACCCAUUCUCCGUGGUCACCCAUUCUCCGUGGUCACCCAUCCUCGGGGCCCGCCGGCGUGUCCGCUCUCCGGGCGGUGGGAGCGGUGCUGGAGGCACCUUGUGGCGUUGGCCUCUCCUGCGGGGACAUUUGGG